GGGUGCUCCUCGGCAAUGCCCUCUGAUAGGGGCUUAGGGUUGAUGGAAUCCUGCAAGCUGACACGAGACAUCGGUACACAGACAAGCGGGGAGAGCGAUUUACCCAGGUUCGGGGCCCUCGAUGAGCUGCGGAAGAGACCAGGGCUCCACCUACGAAGAGGUCAAUCGGCGGUUUUGCCGAUGAAGAUGAUCUCCUUGACAUUGAUGAUGAUUUUAUUGAGCCUCCACCCAAGAGGGUCAGACCUGAUGCUGUCUCGCCAACCGCCGCAGCUUCCGAAGCUUCGGCUCCCAAGACGGCUCCUACGGCGCAAGCAUCGACUGCCUCCUCCCUUUCCAAAGGAAAAGAUGCUCCUGCUGCUGCCGCAGCUCCUCCUUCUGAUCUACGAGGUGUAAUAUCCUCUUUAGAGGCUUUCGCCUCUCAAUUCACCUCCCUGGAGGCAGACAAAAUUCGGCUGCAAGAGGAGACUAAGUC